AUGGCAGCACUCAGCCUCCGCUCCGAGUCUGGCUCCGAGUCUGGCCUGAAGAUCUUCUACAGCGAGGCGCUGAGUCACCAGAUCUACGCGGCGGCCGACAUUGUGCUGGUGCCCUCCAUGUUUGAGCCCUGCGGCCUCACCCAGAUGAUCGGCAUGAGAUACGGCGCGGUCCCCGUCGUGCGCCGCACUGGCGGCCUGGCCGACACGGUGCGCGAUGUGGAGGGCGCGCCCGAGGGGGAGGGCAGUGGUUACGUCUUUGAUGGCACAGACGAGGCCAGCUUGUAUGGCGCCCUGGACCGGGCCCUCAAGGACUUCAAGGCAGACCCCGCCGCCUGGGGCCGCCUCUCGCGCCGCAAUCUGCGGGCCGACGUGUCAUGGGCCGCCCCUGGGGCGGAGUACGUCGGGCUGUACAGCUCCCUGCACGGCGGCUAG